AUGGACUUGACAACCACGGGCCGCAUCGACGUCUACGUUGAAAAGAUUAACCAAGCCCUGACGAACGCUAUAAAUCACUUGGUCUCAAAGAGGUAUCCUUGCAAGUCAACUUGGACUUACAAAUCUCAGUCUCAACAAGAACCCCAACCUUUCAGGGAAGCUAUAUCAUCUACGGAUAGCCAUCAGGCUGCGUUGCGAUGGGCCAAAGCGGCACAGUUAAUGGCUAAACCUGCGGAUCUUCCAUAUUGCCCCGACUUUCAAUACAAUGGCAAGUGCGCAAAAGAUGGCCUGGAAAAGAGCAUCAUGUAUAUGGAUGCCAUAUAUGGGCCUGGGAAUACGUCGCAACCUUGGCCCAUCAAUCCCGACCUCCCCGACAAUCUUGACUGCAGCGUGCCCUCAUGA